AUGUCACGCUCGUCGUGGCAUCGAACCCUGGCUGCAAGAACGAGGAGGAGGAUAAUGUUCAUAUUGAAGCUGUUGCUCAGAUGGAGCAGGAGGAGGUGGCUCAGGAGUGAUCUUUGUGUUCUCUUUGUUGGUGAGGAGGAGAAGGAGGAGUGUCAUCGAGUGCGCGCUGAUCAGGGUGAUGCUUCUGCAGUUGGGAGUUCCUGUGCAGUCGGGAGUUCCACUGUUCGGAGUGCAGUAGGAAGUUCCACAGUUCGGAGUUCCGCUGAUGCAGUUGUGGAUGCAGUUGGGAUUUCAACAGCUGGGAGUUCUGCAGUUGGGAGUGCCGCGGUUUGGAGUUCAGCUGAUGCUGUGGCAUCGAACCCUGGCUGCAAGGACGAGGAGGAGGAGAAUGUUCAUAGUGAAGCAGUUGCUAAGAUGGAGCAGGAGGAGGUGGCUGAGGAGGAUUUUGUUCAUGUUGGUGAGGGGGAGAAGGAGGAGUGUCAUCGAGUGCGCGUUGAUCGGGGUGAUGCUUCUCUCAGAAUGAAGAGAUACUGUUUCAAACGAACGGAGACUAUCGAGAGUACAAAGUUGCACACUUCAGAAUUGCAUGCGACCAACGGGAGUGCGGUGGAGAGUACCGCAGUUUUGAGUACAUUCGGAGUUCCGCUGAUGCAGUUGAGGAUGCAGUUGGGAGUUCAACAGCUGGGAGUUCUGCAGUUGGGAGUUCAGCUAAUGCAGUAG